AUGGCUUUGCCUGUAUCGUCCAAGAGCUCGGCAUUUCCCUAUAGGCGAGGGUCUAAUGCCUCGGAGCGAGAUUUCUUCGACAUCCCCGAUGAAUCAAUAUGGGCAAUAGUGAAGCGCUGGCUUCGUCGACCGCGGACGUGGAUUCUCCUACUGGUACUCUUGGCGAUGGUGCAUUGGAUGCGACGACCUCGCCCAGCCGCUGUACCGCUAGGUCAUAUACAUUAUGAUGAGGUGGACUGGUCGCGGUAUGCAUACACUCAAUAUGCGACGAGUGAGACAUACCUCUGCAAUUGCGUGAUGGUAUUUGAAGCUUUGCACCGGCUGGGUUCGCGUGCAGAUCGCCUCCUGUUCUACCCCAAGGAGUGGGACUUGGUGAUCGAGAGCGGCACAGACCGUAUCAGUCAGCUGUUGGUUCUGGCUAAAGAAGAAUACAAUGUCCAAUUGGUCCCUGUCGUCAUUGAAGGCAUCAAAUCGGAGACUGGCGGUGGUGGAGAAGUCUCCGAAUCCUCCUGGGAUUCAAGCACCGCCAAAUUGUACGCCUUUGGCGUGCUUCAGUACGAUCGUGUCAUUCACCUCGACUCCGACAUGAUGCUGCUUCAGCCCAUGGAUGAGCUCUUCUUCCUCCCUCCAACCCCCAUUGCCAUGCCUCGGGCGUACUGGCUUCUACCUGAGACGCGGACGCUCUCCUCGCUACUCGCCGUCAUUGAACCCUCCUACCAAGAAUUCACUCUGCUGAAAGAUACAAUUAAGCCGGUUAUUUUCGGUCAGAUCAGCCUGAACCUGACCAACAAACGCUACGACAUGGAGAUACUUAACAGUCGCUACGGAGACAGCGCCCUCGUGCUUCCUCACCGACAAUACGGACUAAUUUCUGGCGAAUUUCGCACCAAAGACCACCGGGCGUUCCUCGGCAAUGACCUUGAGCAGUGGGACCCCGAUCACGCAAUCGCGCAAGCCAAGUUUGUGCACUUCUCUGACUGGCCCCUUCCGAAGCCCUGGGUGAUGUGGACACAAGAUCAACUCAUUACCCACCAGCCGAAUUGCGACGGCGUCCCUGGGACCUCACCACGCGGAGGAUGUCGGGAUCGAGAGAUCUGGAAGCAACUAUACGAACAGUUCAGGCGCAGGCGGAGGGAUGUAUGCAAAUUAUUGAGCUUCCCGGCUGCCGUAUGA